CCUUGUGGGCGGGUUUUUGACUAGGUAUGGGCUAUAAAUGUAAAUAGACCUGGCAACCCCGAGUCUGGACUUCCUGGCGAGGCGGGGCUCAGUAGCAGCUAACUAACAUCUGGCGAAGAGCUCGUGGUAAAGCUCUCCACCUCGGGCUGCAGAGACAUCUCUUAGCGACCAGCCCUGUGUCUGCCUCUAGCCUGUCUAUGAACUAAAGUGCCUCAUUUCUAAAAGAACAGACCGUCCCCAUGUCUGCGGCUGCUCCCAACAGUAAGAGCCAGUCCAGUCUCAGAGAAGACUUGACCUGCGCCAUCUGCUGUGACCUCUUUACUGAGCCGGUGAUGCUGGGGUGCAUGCAUCACUUCUGUAAGCACUGUAUCAGUACCUACUGGAGGGGUACCCAGACACCGGUUUCCUGUCCCCAGUGUAGGAAGGAGUUCACCAACAAACACUUCCAGACCAACUAUCUGGUGACGGCCAUGGUGGAGAAGGUUAGGGCCUCCACCUCGGACUGUUAUGUCCAGAAUAUACAGAAACAACAGAAGGAUUCGUUGGAGGCCCACAGACGGAGACGAGAGGAUUUCAUCACUGUUCUAAACGAAGACAAGGACAAGAUGGAGAGCAUCAAGAGAAUUGGCUCUGAGCUGCAGGUGCGGAUCCACGGGGACUUCCAGGCGUUGCAGGCCUUCCUUGCAGAGGAGGAGGCGUGUGUGUUGGACCGGCUGCGGAGGGAGCAGGAGGUGGCUCUGGAACAGCUGCAGCGCCACCUGGAGGCUGUCAGAGAGGCUGUCAGUCAGCUGGAUCACAGUAUGAGAAUCCUGCAUGAGGCUGCUACUACCACGUACCAGACUGGACUAGUAGAGCUUCCACAGAUACGGCCUCCAUUAGACGUGGGCCCAGGACCAGAGCUAGACUUGAAUGCCUUCAGCAGUAGGUACAUGGCCCCGCUGCAGUACAUCACGUGGAGGAAGAUGUUCAAGUCUCUCAAACCCGGUCCGGCCCCGGUAACGUUCGACGUGGACACGGCCCACCCCAGUGUCUACGUAUCCAGAGACAGAACCAUCGCAGUAGACUGUGAUAGCAUGACCCCCUACCAGCCCAACCCUAAGAGGUUCCUGCAGUCUGUCAACGUGCUGGGGGCUCAGGGCUUCCAAGAUGGACGCCACUACUGGGAGGUAGGAGUGGGCAGCAAGGCCAAGUGGGACCUGGGUGUGGCGUCGGAGAGGGUUGACCGUCAGGCCAGGGUCAAGCUGAGUCCUGAGAGCGGUUACUGGACCCUACGACUGAGGGAGGGAGACCAGUACUCUGCAGGCACACAGCCCUGGACACGGCUCCAGGUUGGGUGGUCUCCCCAGAGGAUAGGGGUGUUCCUGGACUGUGAUGAGAGGAAGGUGUCCUUCUAUAACGCUGAUGACAUGAGUCUCCUGUACUCCUUUAGUAACGGCCCCAGGGGCAGAGUGCUGCCCUUCUUUAGUCCCUGUGUCAAUGACACUAACCAGAAACCACAGCCCAUACAGCUGCUGCACUAUCCUCCUGUUGACCUGACCUGUUAGGACAGGUGUAUCAAUGACUAGAGUCAGAAACCCUAUCCCAUAAUGCUCCUCUUGACCCUGACUGGUGUCUUUUGAGAUGGGGUUUCUCUGAUCCUUGGCUCUUGAUUUGCCAGUUGCAGUAAUAGUUUGCCCAAAGUGUCUACUGUUUGAGCUUCCCAAGUCUAAAUCACUCCGUAUCACUUCAUUCCUCUGAGGCAUUUACUUCCAAAAGGUUUUGCAAUGGAACAGUUGCUAUAGUAAAUGUCUCAUCACCAGGACUUAUCAGCGUGAUGUAUCAUGGGAAUCAUAACGUGGUCUCAUUAUGAAGCAGCAGUAGUAGAAAUAUUGUAAUAAAUUCUACUUUAGUGGCUAUGUGUACUUUUUGGGUGACCAAAUUCUCACAGAAAUGUGAGUUAUAAGAUAUUUCAUUCUACUUAAACAAGUCUAAAAAGUGGAAGAUGUGUGAUAUUUCUAUGCUAAAGUUGAUUUUUCUUUCUUGUGACUUUUUUCUUUCGGUUCUGUACACCAGCUUCAAAAAGCUGAAACAACAAUAUGUUUGGUUAUGGAAGGUCUAUUUCACAGCGGUUUAGACGGAACAGCGAUUCUCUACACUAUACUACCUUGUUUUGUCACAUAAACUGAAAUUAGGCAAACUACUAGAGUUUUAGAAACCAGGAAAUGGCAGAGCGACUUCCUGCAUAGUGCAUCUUUUAAGUAUCAGCCUGUUGCUCUUUUGACAAAAUGGGGCCCGUUGUCCAUUUAGUGGAUGUUUCCUCCUGUGUUUAAGAGUCACUGUAGAUGUAUGCUAUAAUUACACUGCACCUUUAAAUCCCCCUGCUUUCUCAUCGGGGCUUAUGUUAUACCUUCUCACCUUUUUUUUUAUUUUUGUGAUCUCUAUUUUUAAUCGGUUCAAUAUAGCUUUAAAAGUGUUUUAUUUCAUCACAGUA